ACCCAAGACCCCAAAAUUACUACUAAUUGUGUUACAUCAUUGGUUUUUAUACAACUACCACUUUGUUAGGGAGAUACAAAGUUUAGUGGGGAGAUAUUGAGUAACCCAUCACAAGUGAUAACUAAAAGAUUAGUUCAAUAAUUACAUGAAUCUCUACUUAUUUAAACUACUCUUUUUCUUCGUAUUAAAAUGCGAUUGAGGAUAUGUUGCCUUUAUAUUGUACCAAUAUUUGGACACAACAAGGGUUCGAGGGACAUAAUCUGACGAACGAGGCAUUCAGGCAACUCCAAGAUCCUGUCCACACCAUCAUUAUCAUUCUCAUCCGCUUCAUGUUUGCACAAGUCUGCUUUUUCAGAUACAGAGACUAGAGAAAAAAACAAAAGUCGAAGCAGAUCUGCUAAUCGUCGAUGGUACUCGCUGAAAUCGAUCGGUGACCUACUUGAUUAAGCAGAGAGAAAGAGAACCCCAGAUUAUGCCUUGCUGAGGGUUUGGUGUAUCGUUCCUAUUGCAGAGAUGGUGAGGAUGGAGACUGGAGGAGAAGGAUUCACGUGGAGAUGGUUUGGUGUGUCGUUUCAAGAUUAUUGUUUUGAUUAUGUGUUAAGGGUCCAAUUAAUUUUAACCUUUUAC